AUGGAUGAUUAUCGUGGUUUUGAUAUUAAUUUAUCAUCUUAUAUUUAUUCAGAAUAUAUACAAAUUCCUACUAGUAAACUUAAUAAUACAGCUAUUGAAAUAAUUAUGCAAUCAGUUUAUUAUGUAGGUGUAAUUCAUCUUGUUUGUUCACCAAAAGAAAAAAUAGAUAUUAGUACUCGUUCAUAUCUUAUAAUUCGUAGCAAAAAUAAAUUUCAAUAG